UUUUACAUUACAUAUUUUUGACACGUCUCGUUGACCUGUCAAAAUAUUAUUUCCCUAAAAAAUUUAAAAUUAUUUCCAUUUUCUUAACUUUUGUAACUUAACAAUGGUCGUAGAAAACCCCACUAAUCCUCCAUCGAGCGAGGGAGAUGGACCAAUUCAAAAAGAUGUGGAAUCUCCAAAAACUUUCACCCUGAAAAUACUAAAAUUGAUUAAGGACGCUCAGCAGCAGCAUGGCCUGAGGCACGGAGACUAUCAAAGGUACAGGGGCUAUUGUUCCAGAAGAAUCAGUAGACUUCGGAAAGUGCUAAAAAUUCCACAAGGAGACCGAAGACAUUUUAAGAAGAGAGAUGUUACUGAAGCCCAUAUUGGCAGUUCAAGGGCCGACGAGAGAUUACUUCAUUUGCCAUUAAUGUUAGCAGAAAGAUGUUGGGCUUAUGGUAUGCAACUUAAACAAGAAGCCAACACUGAACCUAGAAAAAAGUUUCAUUUGGUGCAAAAGCUUAGAAAAGCUUGCGUUUAUGCCUUGCAACUGGGGGAAUUGUGUAAAUUGGAUAGAUGUGAUGCAAGGACCCAGUUGGAAGCGCAAGCUUAUGUGGCAUGGAUUCAUGGGUCUUUACAAUUCGAACUAGAACUGUGGGAGAAAGCAGCCGAAAAUUUGCAAAAAGCCCAACUGAUUUAUGAAAAACUUAUAACAGCCCUAAGUGAGGAAGAACAACCACCAUAUAAACAAAGGGUUGAUGAAAUUGCCCCAAGUCUUCGUUAUUGUGCUUACAAUAUUGGAGAUGAUAAGGCAGUUGAUUUAUUAGAAUUGAGAAGCCAAGGGGUUUUGGACACUUUUGAUGCUUUAGUGUCUCAAACUAAAGAGAAAACUGCUGCUGUAUUACAUGAAGUCACCUGGUUUGGUGUUAAGAUAUCUAUUAAGAUUGAGAAAGUUAGAGUAUUUUUGCUGAGUAUUGAAGGUCUUGAUGAAUCACUGAAGAACGCCGAAAGCCAUCAAGCAAAAAUCAAGAUUUUAGAGAACUUAUUUAUUGAUUUGCGUGACGUUAUUUCCUUAACCAGGGAAAGUGCGCGCACCGACAAACAAGAUAAUUUAGUUUUGGCUUAUUUGUUAUCAAUCAGAAUUGAACGCACAUCCCAAAGGAAUUUAUUGCUGGUUCAGCAGACUAGAAAACCACAGGAUUGUGUGAGGCUACUGGACAUCAACAUCCAACAAACCAUUGAACUCUCCCAAAACGAAUUGCUCAAAAACAACAAUUUGGCCCAAGUGCACUUUGACAAUUACAUCGCGGCCUAUAAAACGUUACGAUCCUUCUACAUCGCAAAAACCCAUGCCGGAGCCAAACGGUGGCGCGAGGCCGCCAUUUUGUUCGAAACCACCGAUAAAACCGUAAAAACCCUUAACAUUUCCAAUUAUCUAACAGAACUAGCAUCACUUCUGUCAACCGUUAAGGAAAACGCCGCCACGGAAGUGGUGAACGCGAAAGCCAACUUUGUGUUGGAAAUACACGAGGAGCAAAUAGUAAUUCCGUUACCGCAGAAAGUUUAUAAAUCGAAAAAACCGCUGAUCGAACGGCUGGACGAGUUCAGAGAGGAGCCGCAAAUUAUGUCGAAAAACCCGAAUUUGGUGCCGUUACCGCCCGCGAUGGAACCGGUACCCGCCAAACCGUUGUUCUUCGAUUUGGCCAACAAUUUAUUGGAGUUUCCCGAUUUGUCCGAGAAAUUGGAUUCGCAAUCGAAACCGAAACAAGGCGCGGCCGGCAUUACCGGAUUCGUUAAAGGAUUAUGGGGUUGGGGAUCUAAUAAUAAGUAAUGAAUCUAUUAAAUACAUUUAUUUCACUUUAUAAUGUAAAACAAUUAAAAUAAGUAUAAUAAACAUGCAUACAAGAAUACAG